AUGGCUCUGCCACAGACCCAAUGCUGCAGAGCCAUCCGCCGCCGCCUCCGAUCACCAUGCGAUAGUGCUCUGCUACCCGAAAGCGCGCUCGUGAGCGCUUUUGAGCAAGUCUGCUCCAUAUCGAGGGUCACCAGCCGUCGUAAUGGCUCCAACGUGCCCGGGCCGUUGGAAAAUCGGAGGCGGACGGGCAAGAGGCACAUGGGAGAAUUGAAUUUUGGUCACUUGAACGCACCGGCGCCCUUUUGGGAACUCGCGAAUGCAGUCGAUCUUACGCAGUGGAAAUGGACGCCGCCGUCCUCGUUCGAAGCCAGACACGCGCAGCAGGAACAAGGCGAAUCCAAGUCCUUCCUUGCGUCCUUGCAGAGUUGGGUCUCUCGGACGCAGACCCCUUCGACCGCGUACGCAGAUGGACUAGACCCCUUUCUUCCAUCAAUAGCUUCCGUGGAGGCUGUUGCUCCUGUCAGCUCGCCUGACGCUGUGCGCGUCGUGGAACGAGCUGCGACGCCCUCGGCGCGCGAAUUACCCUCAGCAACGCUCAACGGGACCUUCGACGCCGAAUGGCUCAAUGAGAAAGCUCUCGAUGCUAUGUUUCCCGAACAGUUUUCAGAUGAUACAUUGACUAUCUUUUGCAACGGCUUGUACACUGCCGUGGCGGAAGAAACCAUUGAUCGCGACACGCUCGCUUCUUUCUUGAAACGCAUCACCGACGCUGCAUACAACCUUGCCGCCAAUUCAAAUGGCACGAUUACCAUCAAGAGGUGUAGCAGUCUGCUGCUUCGGUUGUACACGACUAUCAAUGAUGGCCUCCAUGCUACCAGCAAUGCCCGCGAUGGCUACUUUGAUGACGAUUAUAAAGUGUUUGCAACACUUUUAGUUGCCACGUCAAGGCUCGAGAUCAAUAGUCUUGUCCUAUUCGGAAAGAUCAUGGCAAAUAUUCCCGCAGAACGCUUAGUGCAGUGCAAAUAUUCGAUUGUCAUGAACAUCAAUGGAUUUUUAGAUGCGCUGAGCCAGCACGCAAUUAGCAACGAGAAAAAGGAGAGGAAAACCAUUGUCCGCCAAAUAACGAAGAUGGCUGGUUGUCUCAGCAGCCUGGACUCGAGAAUAUCUCAACAUCAAUGGAUAUUGCAAAGGAUAUCACUGCAUCUCUUAAAUCAACUAGAAGCUAAUCCAAUUGGACAUGAAGCUUCAAGAUGCAAUCUGAUGCGGUCUGCAUGGCUGCAGCUACUUGCUCGGCUGCCGCAGGUUGAGGACGACUAUCUUGUCGAAGUAUGCAACAUGCUGGAAUCUAGCUCGUCCGCAGGUCCGCUCACUCAGCGACAGAUUUGCGAGCUAUUCUUGACGCGGAUCAAUAGUCGCUACUCCGUCAAGCAUAUCUCAAAUGUAAACCGGCAGCUCAAGUCGUCCCCCGAGUCUGCAUGUUACGCUACUGUGAGUAGCAGUCUCUGGAAGACAGGACAACAUCGUUAUCUAAAGAUGCUGGCAAACCUGCUGCAACGACUCGGCCGACAACAGGAUAUCAGACAUGUCGCUCACGGUCUGAGGAAACAUGUCCACAACGAUAUCCAGCCGCUAGCUAACCUUGCGAUUGGUCUUGGGCAUCCGCAACUAGCUGUGUGGGUAUAUUUCCGAUACCAUCAAAGUCGCUGGAAGUCAAAGAAUUUCUGGAACACAAACUUUGCUCAAGAGAUAUUGAACAAGUUGAUGGAGUCCAACGAGAUGAGCACAGAAAAGAUGCUCGAUGCGCUCAAAAUCAACCCGACACGACCACAACGAUCUACCAGAGAAUCUUGCGAAGAGGUGAUCGUUGAUAAAGAUUCCUCGCAUCUCACUGCAAAGCAGCAGCGGAUGAAACCUCGACUGACGCUACAACGUAUUCGUCAGACCGAAAAGAUAGCGGCUGCUCUUGCUUCUACACGUCAUAUCUCCGACAGAGAAGCUUUCCGACGAAUUACUCGAUGCAUUGAAUUCCUUCAAAGCCACAACACGCCUUUAACACCACCGAUACUGCGUGCCCUGUUCGAUGUUGUCACUAGAGACCUUGAGGCCGGAAAACCGGGACGAACGAGCCGCUUGAAGUGGUUCCUGGGCCUGCUGCUCAAGGAGACGGACGCCAAUUACGUUCGGGCGGUUGGACUUGCUUUGAAGGAUUGGAGACGACAACUUGGAUGA